CUACUCCUACUACUAUUACUUCUCCAUUCAUCUCUCUCUCUCUCUCUCUCUCUCUCUCUCUUAUAUAACCACUAUUGCUUCCACAUUUCCUUCACCACUGCUCGCAGUUUUGCUGCUACCGAGCAUGACGAAGAGUCACCAAUUUCCAGCGUUUGGGUGUUGGGAUCACUGCGACGAGCUCCCCAUCACCCAGUACUUCGAGUCAGCAGUGCAGGCUGGGUUGAUCGGACGGCAUUACUUUGGCGAGGAUGGCGAUCUCUUUAAAGUGUCAACACAAGUGAGACCAGCUUACCAUCACCACCACCACAGAAAGGUCAAGAAGGGCGGUCAUGGAGGAGGAGAGAAGCACCUCGGGAAAGAACAGCAGAUGAAGCAAGAAAGAGCCAGUGAUUUGACACUCCAAACCGCCCCAAGAAGGCCUAGAAGAGCUCCCAAGGCUGUAGAUGAGGACCUGUACAAGAUCCCACCUGAACUACUCCACCAAAAGCCCAAAAGGAAGAGAUUGUUGAAGACUCUGUGGUCAGGAUGUAUGGGACUCAACAGCGUUGCCUGAGGAGAUGGAAGUACUCAUGGCUUACACAAGCUUCGGCAUCAAAUGAGAUCUUAAUUUUUGUACUUUAGUUUCUCCUGCCGUCUUUUCCUCCUCUCCACCAAUGUGAUGUGAUGUAUCAUUCAAACACCAUCAAGAAACAUUUACAGCUUGUUUACAGCAUAAACCUUGGAUUUCUUCUCUGUAGCUGGGCUUCUACAAGUUAAAGAAGAGAUAUAGGUAGCUCCUCAGUCGAACGUGCUGAGAGAGGCACCUUAUUUUGUUGUUC